UGAGUAGGCAGUGGCCAGAGUGACCCCAAGAGUGUCCAGGGACUUGGUUUUCUGACCAAGGUGCCCCCAGAAGAACAGGGAAUUAGAGCGGGCUGAGGGGACCAACCCCCAGGAUUGGAAUCUCUGGUUCAGGAGAGCCCUGGGGAGGAGAGAGGACUGUUGAAGUCCUCAUCCCAAGCCCAUAUAGGGGAGGGAGGGGAGCAAAGAGGUAGUGAAAAAUAAAGGAGGCAGAAAAGAAAGAAGAGGUGAGGGCAAAUUUGAGAGGUUGUGAGCUGACCGUCAAGGGAGGCAUUCAAAUCAACAUUGAUAACUCAAGAUCCUUUCGGAGAAGUGAAAUCAAUGCCUAUAUCACAGAACAGGAAAUUGAGGCUAUCAUUUGCUUUGAGCUGAGAUCAGGUGGUGGUUUUAGGGGGUGAGGAAGGAGGAGGAUUCAGGGGACCCUGAUUUCUGGAUAACAAUGAGUGCCAGGGCCACACGGCCCCGAAGCCGGCGAGGGAGGCACGCCGCUCUGCCCGGUGAGCUGGACCCUGUGGCAGAGAGUUCAGAAGAGGCUGAGGCAGCCAGUGGGAGCUCCGAGCCGGGCCCUGUGCCAUCUCAGGAUAGCUGCAAGCCAGAGCCGCUGGGCCCUGAGGCGGAGGCCAAAGGGCAGGGCCUGGAGAGCAGAUCUUUCCAUCUCUCACCUCUUCACAGGACUGACAAAGAAGUUGAUGGGGACUCUAGCAGGGGACCUGCUCCAGCCCCCGAGGGGCCCUAUGAGCCUUCCCAGGAAGCCCACCAGGCCCCAGAGGCAGCCCCACGGGACAGGGAGAAUGUCCCCUCUGGACCCAGAGCCCCUGACGUGUUUCAGACUCUCCAGCAAGCUCUGAGCUCUCUGGAAGCGGCUGUUGCUGCCUGGCGCCACCAGCCCCCAAGAUGUCCUGGGCCGUUGGAGGCAAAGGACAGAAGCGAGGGGGGACCAAAGCCCUGCUUGGAGCAAGAGCAGGCUGGGAGCUGCCAGCGGGAUGCAGCCCGAUUGACUGAAAGAAAUGCCUGGUUGCGUUUGGCCCUGAGCAGCCGUGAGGACGAGCUGAUCCGCACACAGAACUCCCUGAAGGCCUUCCAGGCUGAGAAGGAGAUGCUGCAGAGAGAGGUCCAGGAGCUGCAGGAUUCCCUGCUGAGGCUGAAGCCCUUCCCACCUCCCUCCUGUGACCAAGCAGGCGGCUCGGGUAGUGGUUCCAGCAGCUCUGGGGCUGAUGGGGAGACCUGGGGCACUCAGGAUCCCUUCUCCCUGGCUCACCCCCUGCUCCGGCGCCUCCAGAGUGAUUCCAGCACCCAGAUGCUUGGGUCUCUCCCCACCCAGCUCCUUGCCCCCGAGAUGCACAUCAUGGAAGCCCAGAUGGAGCAUCUCCAGGGGAACAUUGAGAAGCUCAAAUGCUUCAACCGUCUGCUGUCAGCUGUGCUCCAGGAGUACAAGGGCCGGUGUGAGGGCCUCAGCAUGCGGCUGGGCCAGCGGGAGGCUGAGGCCACUGCAUUGCAUCUAGCCUUGCAGUAUAGUGAACACUGUGAGGAGGCAUAUGGGGCCUUGCUCACUCUUCGGAAGGCAGACUCAGGAGCAGGAGAAGAAGCCUUCAUGGAUGACUUGGAGGCGGCUGAGAAGGAAGCUCAGAGGCUUCUGGUGCAAGAGGAGGCUGCCAUGGAUGGAGGGAUACUGCAGGAUCCACGUCCAAGCCCCGAGGGCAGCAGUGUGGAUAGGCCCACACCACAGGAGGUGGCUAUACAGCUCCAGGGCUACGUCCAGCGUCUUCAGGAACGCCGUGCUCUGGUGAAGAUUCCCCCAGAGCCUGGUCCUACCUUGGCACCCAUGUCCGCUGUGCCCCGUGCAGAAGCCAUGGUGCAGGCCAUUCUGGGGACACAGCCUGGCCCAGCCCUGCCCCGGCUGGAGAAGAUGCAGAUCCAGGAGGACCUGGUGGCCACACGGGAGACCCUAGCAGACCUGAUGCUUCGGCUACAGCUGGUGCGGCGGGAGAAGCGGGCUCUGGAGCUGCGGGAGGCUGCCCUCCGAGCCCAGGGCCCAGCCCACGUGCUCCUGCUGGAGCAGCUGCGCUGGGAGCGCGCAAAGCUCUGGACUGGUGGGGCCAACAGCAGUGGUGGAGACAGCAGUGGAGGAGGGAGCAGUGGAGAUGAAGAGGAGUGGUCCCAGGGCCCUCCGGCUGUCCCUGGUGGCAGCAGGGCUGCUGAUGGAGGCCAAGUGAGCAAAGUGCAGAACCCAGAAGAGCUAGCCCAGGAACUGUCAGCAUCACUCACCCGGGCUCUGGGCCUGCGGGAGCAGCUGCAGUCCUUGCGGGAAGAGCUGGAAGAGGUGGCUCAGAAGGGGCGAGCCAGACGUGCUCAGAGUACUGAGCUGAACAGUGAUUUAUGCAAAGCUCACAGUGCCCUGGUCAUGGCCUUCCGUGGUGCCCACCGGAAGCAGGAAGAGCAACGGCGGAAGCUGGAGCAGCAGGUGGCACUAAUGGAAGCCCGACAGGCAGAGGAGCUGGCAGUGCUGGAAGCCACCGCAAGGGCCCUGGGGAGGCCCAGACCGCCCUGCCUGCCUCCCCGGUCAGGAGGGACCUUUCUAUAAGCCCUGCUCUGGUUGUGUCUGGACGUGCCAGAUAGUUAUGGCAGGUCAUGUCAUAAACUGUUCUAGGUGAUGUUAUGUCAUGUGGCAUGA